AUGAAGCUGGCCGUGGCUGGGUGUGGCCCGCUGGUGCUGAUGCUGAUGACCACGGUGCUGACCAGCACAGGAGCAGUUCCCGUCCCCACGCCCCUGGGGACCCUCCUGGGCGCAAGGGGCUGCUACGUGGCCCAGUUCAAGUCUCUGCCCCCACAAGAGAUGGAGGCCUUCAGGAGGGCCAGGGACGCCUUGGAAGAGUCCCUCCUGCUGAGGAACUGGAGCUGCAGCUCCCGCCCUUUCCCCAGGACCCGGGACCUGAGGCAGCUGCAGGUGCCGGAGCGCCCUGUGGCCUUGGAGGCUGAGCUGGCCCUGACACUGAAGGUCCUGGGCACCGUGGCGAACUCGACCCUGGGGGCCAUCCUGGACCAGCCCCUUCGCACGCUGCGCCACAUCCACUCCACGCUUCAGGCCUGUGUCCCAGCUGAGUCCACAACAGGCCCCAGGCCCCGGGGCCACCUCCACCAAUGGCUGCACCGCCUCCAGGAGGCUGAGAAGAAGGAAUCCCGUGGCUGCCUUGAAGCCUCUGUCACAUCCAACCUCUUCCGCCUCCUCGCCCGUGACCUGAAAUGUGUCGCUGAUGGAGACCUGUGUGUGUGA